AUGGCAAGUCACGACGCGAAUCUCUUCUCGAGCCACUCCACAAGGCCACAAGGCACCCCACAAGGCCACAAGGCACCCCACAAGGCCACAAGGCACCCCACAAGGCCACAAGGCACCCCACAAGGCCACAAGGCACCCCACAAGGCCACAAGGCACCCCACAAGGCCACAAGGCACCCCACAAGGCCACAAGGCACCCCACAAGGCCACAAGGCACCCCACAAAGCCACAAGGCACCCCACAAGGCCACAAGGCACCCCACAAGGCCACAAGGCACCCCACAAGGCCACAAGGCACCCCACAAGGCCACAAGGCACCCCACAAGGCCACAAGGCACCCCACAAGGCCACAAGGCACCCCACAAGGCCACAAGGCACCCCACAAGGCCACAAGGCACCCCACAAGGCCACAAGGCACCCCACAAGGCCACAAGGCACCCCACAAGGGUGUGCCGCACCGUGCUCUCCUCACAAUGGACACAGUGAUUGCACCGAGCGUCUGGCUCUCAAUCGUAAAUGUUCAUGAUAAUAUACAAUCCAACGUCCGCAAGCACAAUAUUUUUCACAAGUACCACAUUUAA